AUAUAAAUGCGUUCCAGUGAUACACCUGAUUGGUGCUCUCAAUUGUCCCUUUAAAGGAACUAAAAGUGUGACUUUAACACGGCUAUUUAAAACCAAGCACCAACCUAAAUAAGUCCCCAAAGAUCGGACUUGCAAAUUCGGUAACUGGAGAUACGAUCAGUUUCAGAAAAAAUUACCAAAAUUUUGCAUUUUUGAAAGGUUAACUAACUCGCCUAUUUUUAGAUUCCAAUUGAUAUAAUUAUCUUGCUUUAUCUUAAGAUUAAGAAAGUGGUUAAUAAAGUACUUGUACUCCUCGUAGAACGACUCAGAGCCAAUUAGAUAACAUUUGGGGCAAGUCUCAUUAAAAGUACUAAAUUAAAACCAAAUUUUUCAAUACAACUAGGCCGAGGCAACAAUUGAGGAGUUUAAGGCCGACGUAGGCAUAAAAUACAAUUUCGAAUUCAAGUUCUACAACGAUUCCUGCAUGCAGGAAUUCGCCACCGUGCACUUAAUUCCUGCGAGUGAGAAUUGUACUCGUUUAAUACUUGGACCAAUCUGUGACUACUGUCUCGCAAGUGUGUCCCGAGUUGCAAAAUACAUCGGUUAUCACGGAAUGCCCGUGAUAACUCCCGGAGGCUUUACGCACGAUUUUGUGGAAAAUAAGACGGGUUGUUCGAAUGAAUAUUAUAUGACGAUAAAUACCGGUCCAAUUGACUACAGAUCUUUCGGUGAAUUCUUUCACUUAAUAAUGGCCAGGUACAAAUGGAAAAAAAUCGCCCUGAUGUACGAAAAAAAUCAGCAAAACGAGGUCGGUGGCGAGAACAGUUGCAAGUUUAUAUUGGGGAGCGUGGUUGAGGAGGUGAAAUCGGUUGAGAAUCUUAAAUACGUGGACGGUGAUUUGGUUUUAUUAAAUAAGGAUUAUUCCAACUACUUGAAGGAAAAUGUGGGGGUCAGCUACGGCAUCAUUUUGACUUGCACCACUGUGGCCAAUCUCCGCGAGUUCGCCAUCGCGGCCCAGAAAUUAAACAUGAUGGAAAGCGGGGAGUACACAGUUUUCAAUUUCCAAACGUAUUACAACACAACCGAGCAAGCCUUAAAGCCCUGGUACGAUGCAAAUGACACUAAUGAACGCAACGAAAUGGCGAGAAAAGGUUUUCGCUCAAUUUUCACGUUUACAUCGUCUGAAGCAAUUAACUUUCGCAAUCGGCGAGUGGAGGGCGGCUCGAUUUUUCUUGAUGGCUUGUACGACGGAAUGAUGCUGUACACAAGUGCUUUAAAUCAGACCUUAUCAGCUUCGGAGAACUUAACGGGCUACAACAUGGUUAAAAAAAUGAUGGGGACCACUUUUGCAGGGAAGCACGGGAACGUAACCAUGAACUGCAACGGACAGAGGGUUGCAACCUACGUAAUGCUCCAGCUGAAUGGCUCGGAUAAGUAUGAUGUCGUUGCUGAAUUUACAACACUUAAUAAAAAUAUCACUUCUUGGAACGUGCAGUGGAUCAGUGGGAAAGAUCCACUUGAUACGCCUGUCUGUGGCUACGAUAUGUCCCUGUGCCCAAAGUUUGAUGCGGUUAAAGUUCUGUUAAUUUCGCUUAUACUAGUGUUCUGCUUGGCGAUAUUGAUCGUGGGGAUAAUUCUGUAUAGGCACUUUAAACUUAAGAAAGCUAUCUAUUCUAUGGCCUGGAAAAUUGAUUACGAUGAUAUCGUUUUCGUGCCGAUCAAGCCGAGGAGCAGUUUUCAAUCGACUUCGUCUGCCCGCCGAGGAAGCCAAAUUACGUUCUUAGGGACGGACGGCUUAAGCAUGGCUGGGGAUCGUCAACUGUACACGGAAGUAGGCUUCUACAAGGCAAUUAGAGUGGCGGUGAAAAAAAUUCAAGACGUCAAGAUCGAGCUAACCCGCGAGCAGUUGAUCGAGUUGAAAGUGAUGAAAGACUUAUCGCAUGAUAAUUUAGUGAAGUUUCACGGCGCUUGUUUAGACAUUCCCAACUGCAUUUUGAGUGAAUAUUGCGCGAAAGGCAGUUUGCAGGAUAUAUUAGAAAAUGAUAACGUGAAAAUCGAUACCACGUUUAAAAUGUCGUUAAUAAUGGACAUUGUUCGCGGCAUGAACUACCUGCAUAAUUCCGAUAUUAAAUCUCACGGCGCUUUAAAAUCAACAAACUGUUUAGUGGACAGCAGGUUCGUGUUGAAAAUCUCCGACUUCGGACUGCAUUUUUUACGAAAGCACGGACCUCACAACGAUGGAACGAAGGAUCAUAGUUACUGGGAGCGUCAGCUUUGGACGGCCCCGGAGCUCCUCCGGGAGGAGAACCCCCCUCCUUGCGGGACUCCGAAAGGAGACACUUACUCAUUUGCCCUGAUAAUGCACGAAAUUAUCGUACGACAAGGGGUUUUCCAUUUAGAUGAAUUCAAAACAGCCGAAGAAAAAGUCGAUGCUGUUCGCUGGGGACCAGACGCAAACGGGGGCCAACCGCUUCGCCCCUCUUUGGGGGAGGCGCUGUGCGAGGAAGAGGUGGCCUCGCUGAUGAAGAAGUGCUGGUCGGAGGACGCCGCCGACAGGCCCGACUUCAACACCCUCAAGACCAAACUGAAGCACAUAAACAAGGAAUCCGAUGGAAAUCUCCUCGACAAUCUGCUGGCGCGGAUGGAGCAGUACGCCAACAACCUGGAGUCGCUAGUGGAGGAACGCACUGCUGAUUACUUGGAGGAGAAGCGCAAAUGCGAGGAGUUGCUCUAUCAGCUGCUGCCGAAAAGCGUCGCGCAACAGCUGAUAACGGGGGAGUCGGUCAUUGCCGAAACCUUCGAAAAUGUCACCAUACACUUCAGCGACAUCGUCGGCUUCACCCAGCUGUCCGCCGACAGCACCCCGCUGCAAGUUGUCGAGUUCUUGAACGACCUCUACACAUGCUUUGAUUCCAUUAUCGAGAACUUCGAUGUUUACAAAGUGGAAACUAUCGGCGACUCGUACAUGGUCGUGUCAGGACUGCCGGUCAGGAAUGGGAACAACCACGCGCGAGAAAUCGCACGGAUGUCACUAGCGUUACUAAAAGCCGUUAAAACCUUCAAAAUCAGGCACCGGCCGGACGAGAGCUUGAAACUUCGAAUAGGGAUCCACACCGGGCCUUGCGUUGCCGGCGUUGUCGGGCUAAAAAUGCCAAGAUACUGUCUCUUCGGAGACACAGUCAACACGGCAUCCAGAAUGGAGACCAACGGAAGCCCGUUAAGGGUGCACAUAAGCCCAGCCACGAAAGAAUUCCUGGAUCGGUUCGGGACGUUUGAAAUCGAACGGAGAGGCGAGGUUGAGUUGAAGGGAAAGGGCAAGAUGGUGACGUACUGGCUUAACGGCGAAUGCGAGAAGAAAACCACGAUCAAGGCGCCGCAGACCGAGCCCAAGCCCGGGAAGCUCCCAAGCACCCCCUUACCUAACAGUGUCAGAAAACAAAUGGCAAAUAGCGGCAAGGCUUUAAACGAGAUGAAUUUACAAGAUCAUCAAAUUGACGAAGCCGCGUUACCGUUGCUUUCCAUAACGUCACCCCCAGAGUACAAUUCGAAUGCGUGAACAAUCCUCCUGCUAAAUUAAGGUGAAGUGGAUCAUUUUAUUGUAUACGGCAGGAUUAUUAAACAGUAUUGAACCAACAACCUAAGUCAAAUUAGGUUCAGAUUUGUGAUUCAGUUUCCUCUAUUUUCAUAUAUGUUAUUUAUGGUUAUUUUAAUUAUUGUUCUAAAUAAAGAUUUUUAAACUGAA